GCAGCCUAGAGCAAGAGGGACUACGCCUGCUGGAGCAACAUGAAGAUACAUAUUUGGCUCCAGAAUACCUCGUACUGUGCUCAAAACAUGCAGGAUGAUUUACUGAUGGACAAAAGCAAAGCUCAGCCUCACCAGCACCAAGAGCCGUCAAAUACAGAGCCUCCAUCCACCCCGACCCCCUCCGAGCCUCCGGUCCCGGACGAGCACAACCACGUCGGUCACAACGAGCGGGUCGCCAUGGAGUCUCCGGUGUUACCGGGUUUGGGUUUCCCUCAGGAUUCCUCUCUGUCGCCGUCGUUCGGCAGCACUUGGUCCACCAACGCCGUAGACGAAGGCUUUUUCCAAGGGAUUCCGUCGGUAAACGGGACGAUGCUUUUUCAAAACUUUCCCCAUCACGUCAACCCGGCUUUCGGAGGUAAUUUUCCCCCGCAGAUGAGAAGGGCUCCGCUGAGUGUGAACCAGAGGAACCCCUACAGCCACCAGACGCUCAUCAAUAAAGUGUCCGCGUCGUCCGCUUCUUCGUCCGCCUGGAAUAACCACCAGAACGCGGUGUGGAGCUCCGCGGCGAACCCCUGGAGCGGCAGAGACCCGCGGAGAGCGCUCGGGCUCGGCGUCCCGUCUCCGCUCAACCCCAUCUCCCCGACGAAGAAGCCCUUCCCGAGCAAUGUCAUCGCGCCCCCGAAAUACCAGAGACCAGGAGCCCUGCAGAAACCCUGGAUGAUCUCCGAGCCUCCGGAGCCCUUCAGAACCGACAACAGCAACAACAUGCUGCCAUUUCAGUUUGGAUAG